AUGCCCUUACCAAACACUAAUGUUUUGACACAACAACCUCAACCACCUCAUGCUGGAAGAAUAACUUUCCGUGAUAUUUGUAAUUUAUUUUGUUGUCCACCUUUUCCAUCAUCUAUUGUCUCCAAGUUGGCAUUUAUGCCUCCAACACCUAGUUAUAAAAUUAUUUCUAAUCCUGAUAAUGAUGAGACAACAUUUGAGUUAAUUGAAAGAAGAGCUGAAUGGCCUCAUGGGAGGAAAAAUAAGAUUGCAUGUGUAUACAUUAAUGCUGUUCCUGAUGCCUAUUUUACGAUUUUAUAUUCUCAUGGAAAUGCUGUUGAUAUUGGGCAAAUGACUUCAUUUUAUUAUGGAUUAGCUUAUAGACUUGGGUGUAAUAUCAUUAGUUAUGAUUAUUCUGGAUACGGAUGUUCUUCUGGUAAACCAUCAGAAAAAAAUAUUUAUGCUGAUAUUAGUGCAGCAUUAGAUGAAUUAAAAAAUCGAUUUAAUGUACCUCCAGAACGUGUUAUAUUAUAUGGUCAGUCUAUUGGAACAGUUCCUAGUGUUGAUUUGGCAUCUAGUAAUGAUAAAAUUGCUGCUUUAAUAUUACAUUCUCCUUUAAUGUCGGGGUUAAGAGUAGCGUUUCCGGGUACACAACGUACAUGGUGUUGCGAUGCCUUUCCUUCUGUCGAAAAAAUACCAAAUGUCAAUUGCCCUACACUAAUUAUUCAUGGAACAGAUGAUGAAGUUAUUGAUUUUUCACAUGGAUUAACAUUAUAUGAAAGAUGUCCAUCAACUGUAGAACCUUUAUGGGUUACUGGGGCAGGUCAUAAUGACAUCGAAUUACACUCUGCAUAUCUUGAUCGUCUUCGCCAAUUUAUUGAAGGUGAAGCAAUUCGAGCAGCUAAAGAACAGUCUGCUGCUGCAGCUGCUGGUACGAAUUCACAAUAG